UUGGAUAUUUAUCAUCUUAUAUUCAAAGAAAUAAAGUAUUAAAUUGCACAAUUUCUGUCUUGAAGUCAGAAAUGUCUUGUCACAAGAAAGAAAUAUUUUACCCCAGAAAUAACGAACCUUGUCAUUUUAUAAGAAUUAUGAGCCCCCUCGUAAAAAGACAGAGUCAGCAGCAUAGUGAAGUAUAAUUUGCAGUAUAAAAGGACUUUACCCAUGUCAUCCACUCAAAGUUUUUUUGUUAUUGCUUAUUCAACAAGAAUUAUCUUUUAUUCAGCAAAAUGAUUUUAUCAAGAAUUGAUCAAGCUUUAUUCGACCCCGCUAUCAAGGUAAGAAACUUUUUAGAUCGCUUUCCUAAGAUUUACAACAUCUACAUGAUUGCAAUGUGCUCUACCAUAGCAGGUAUGAUGUUUGGUUUUGAUAUUUCUUCAAUGUCUGCCUUCAUAGGUACUGACAGUUAUAUCAAUUUUUUUGACAACCCAGGUUCCACCAUUCAAGGUUUCAUUACCUCCUGUAUGGCUUUAGGUUCUUUCUUUGGUUCCAUUGCUUCCUCAUUUGUCUCCGAACCAUUCGGUAGAAGAUUUUCAUUGUUGGUUUGUUCAUUCUUCUGGAUGGUUGGUGCUGCUAUUCAGUCUUCUUCCCAAAAUCGUGCUCAAUUGAUCAUUGGUAGAUUAAUUUCUGGUAUUGGAGUCGGUUUCGGUUCUUCCGUUGCCCCAAUUUACGGUGCUGAAUUGGCUCCAAGAAAGAUUAGAGGUUUAAUUGGUGGUCUUUUCCAAUUCUCUGUUACCUUGGGUAUCUUAAUUAUGUUCUAUAUUUCUUAUGGUUUAGGUAAGAUUGACGGUGUUGCCUCGUUUAGAAUUGCUUGGGGUUUGCAAAUUAUCCCUGGUUUGAUUUUAUUUACUGCCUGUUUCUUUAUCCCUGAAUCGCCUCGUUGGUUAGCCAAAAGAGAUUUCUGGGAUGAUACUGAAUAUAUUAUUGCUAAAAUCCAAGCCCAUGGUGACAAAGAUGAUCCUGAUGUUUUGAUCGAAAUUGGUGAAAUUAAGGACCAACUUUUAGUUGAGGAAAGCGCAAACUCGAUUGGUUAUGCAACUUUAUUCACAAGAAAGUACUUUAGAAGAACCUUUACCGCUAUUUCUUCUCAAAUCUGGCAGCAAUUGACUGGUAUGAAUGUUAUGAUGUACUAUAUUGUCUACGUGUUCCAAAUGGCUGGUUUCACUGGUGAUACUAACUUGAUUGCUUCUUCGAUUCAAUAUGUAUUAAACGUUGUCAUGACUAUUCCUGCUUUGCUUUUGCUUGAUAGGGUUGGUAGAAGACCUUUGUUAAUAGUUGGUGCCAUUUGCAUGAUGGCAUUCCAAUUUGGAGUUGCAGGAACUUUGGCUGUUCAUUCUGUUCCAUGGCCAGAUUCAGGCAAUGAAUCCGUCAACAUUCAAAUCCCAGAUACUAAAAUGUAUGCUUCAAGAGGUGUUAUUGCUUGUUGUUACUUGUUUGUGUGCUCUUUUGCCUCUACCUGGGGUGUUGGUAUUUGGGUUUAUUGUGCAGAAAUCUGGGGUGAUUCAAGGAUCUCUCAAAGAGGUAACGCUUUAUCUACUGCUGCUAAUUGGAUCUUCAAUUUUGCUAUUGGGAUGUAUACUCCAUCUGGAUUCAAAAACAUUUCUUGGAAGACGUAUAUUAUUUAUGGUGUUUUCUGUUUCUUUAUGACUGUUCACGUAUUCUUUGGAUUCCCAGAAACUAGAGGCAAGAGAUGGGAAGAAAUUGGUCAAAUGUGGGAUGAAAAUGUUCCAGCUUGGCAGUCUAGAUCUUGGACACCAAUUAUUCCUAUUAACCCAGAAACAGAAAAGGCUGCCAGAAUAUCUCUUGAACGUGAAGAAAAACGAAGAGCAAGUAGUGUUGUGCGACCUUCAAUCCUGGAUCCCUCAGUUUAA